AUGGAAAGUCGUGCCGAGGAGGAUAACGAGUCAUGCUUGGAUGUAUCCUCUCUGUGGCAAACGCAAUGGAAUCGUGAAGCCAAUGAGAAUGGCGACCAACCAAGUGGUCACGUUGUGAAGCUGGCAUCCUUGCUCGCCUCGACUGCCUUGCGGCAUGUGCUCUGGACGCAGGGCCAAGUGCCAGCAGAAUGGAUUAUACCAGUACCUUGA